AUGGCAUUCAGGAGGCAAGUGAAGAACUUUGUGAAGAAUUACUCAGAGGCUGAAAUAAAAGUGAGGGAAGCAACUUCGAAUGACCCCUGGGGUCCCUCCAGCUCUCUGAUGCUGGCCAUCAGUGACAUGACCUUCAACGCCACCUCCCUCCUGGAGAUCAUGCACAUGCUGUGGCAGCGACUCAGUGACCACGGGAAGAACUGGCGCCACGUGUACAAAUCCCUUGCCCUCAUGGACUACCUCAUCAAGAACGGCUCCAAGAAAGUCAUUCAGUACUGCAGAGAGGGCUUCUGUAACCUUCAGAUGCUGAAAGAUUUUCAACACAUAGACGAAGCUGGAAAAGACCAAGGUCGCUAUAUCCGGGAGAAGUCUAAGCAAGUCAUAACUCUGCUGAUGGAUGAGCAGCUGCUUUAUAAAGAGAGGGAAGUGGCAACUUGGACGAGGCAGCGGACCUCCUACUCCAUGACGUUUCCCAGAAGAUUAGCUGUCGCAGGGAACUCCCCGCCAGUGUGCUCGACUGUCCUCAUCUCUGAAAGCCUCACCACUGAGAAGAAGCACUCGCAGGGAGAUUGCCAAAAGACCCUGUCGAUCUGUGGUGACAAAAAUGCCUCCAAGGGAAGGCUGAGGCUGGAGCAGAGCCAGGACGUCCCCCCACCUGCUGGAACCUCCCUGGCCAAGGGCUCUCCUCAGCUCAGGGUGAAGGCGUGGAAGUCAACAGAGGACCUAACAUUGUUGCAUGAUGAAUAUCCAAAGCAGCUUUUGCCAAUGAUCCCUCCUUCCAUCACGUCUCCUACUUCCUGGCUGUCAGAAGGAGAAGCAGAGGUCUGCAAUCUCUGGGAUACAGAGCCUGUGUCUACUCCCUCAGAAAAAAGCCCAUCGAUGCAGACAAAUGUGAGUUUAGGCAAGACACUGGAGAAAACCAUUGCAAAUACUAUCACAGAAAGUCCCUCACCAGCUCCACAGGAGAAGCAGCUGGCCGCAAAAAGCUUUGAAACACUGACGCCUUUGCAAGCAUUUUGGCCCUCAGGUAAAGAUGAGUUCAUCAGCCUGGGUUUGAGGAUGUCCAAGUCCAUGUCCCACAACCAGUCCUCUGUGGAGACCCUCUACGUCUCACCUGCCUUCAAAACCAUUAGCCCAGUGAAAGAGAGCAGUAAGGACCUCCAGAUACCUGCACGGCCCAGCAUCUGCCUGAUAGAAGAUGUCAGCCUCAAGCCUCGACCCGUGCGGGGUGAGUGCAACCCCCAAACAAUCUCCACCACCUCUGAGGCCACAUCUUCCUUUUCUACUCUGUCUGUGUCGUCUCCUGACUCAGCUCAUCCAGAGAAGUCAGCUCGUCACUUUACCUCGGUUUUGAGCAGCCCUUCCUUCUGGCCUCUGCCCCAGCCACAGUCACCCUCUCCCCUCAUCACAUGCAAAAAUAAGGCAUCCGGGGUUUGCCAACCCUGUGCUCCCAGGGGCACAGCCUCUUCAGAUGAUGAGGAUUACCUUAAUCUCCCAAACAACUCUGAUUCAGCUACCAAGUCAGUUCCCAUUCCCGGCAGCAGUCGGCCAGCGUUUUCCACCCCAGUGAGGGCCCACUUCCCUUUGACACCCCAUGCUAGUUGCCAGGCGAGCAAAGGCUUGCCCGUGGAACCUGAGUCCCAUUCCAUCCACACCCUUCUAGGCGAGGUGAAGAGUGCCGUGGUUCGACUCCACGAGGACCUGAGCCUGGUGAUCCAGGAACUUGCUGUCAUCAACAGCCACCUAGGCAGCCUGAGUAGCAGCAGCCCACCAGCCUUUGAGACCCUGCAGCACCCCCCAUCUUCCCGGGGGACCCCAGGCCCUGUCUAG